GGGAAGAGUUUUAAUCAACAUAGUGCUCUCAAACAGCACCAGCGCAUUCACACUGGAGUGAAACCGUAUCAGUGCUUACAUUGUGGGAGGAGUUUUAAUACACAGAGUUAUUUCAAAACCCACCAGCGCAUUCACACUGGAGUGAAACCAUAUCAGUGUUCACAGUGUGGACAGAGCUUUAGUUCCCGAUGGAGUCUAAAAAGACACCAGCGCAUUCACACUGGAGAGAAACCACAUCAGUGCUCACAGUGUGGGAAGAGUUUUAAUCAACAGAGUGUUCUCAAAAUACACCAGCGCAUUCACACUGGAGUGAAACUAUAUCAGUGCUCACAGUGUGGGAAGAGUUUUAGUCAACAGAGUUAUUUUAAAACCCACCAGCGCAUUCACACUGGAGAGAAUUUGUAUCAGUGCUCACAGUGUGGAAAGAGUUUUAGUCAACAGGGUAAUUUUAAAGAACACCAGCGCAUUCACAAUGGAGAGAAACCGUAUCGGUGCUUACAGUGUGGGAACAGUUUUAAUACACAGGGUAAUCUCACAAAACACCAGCGCACUCACACUGGAGAGAAACCGUAUGAGUGCUCACAGUGUAGGAAGAGUUUUAAUACACAGAGUGAUCUUAAAAUACACCAGCGCAUUCACACUGGAGAGAAACCGUAUCAGUGCUCACAAUGUGGGAAGAGUUUUACUCAACAAAGUAAUCUCAAAGAUCACCUGCGCAUUCACACUGGAGAGAAACCGUGUCAGUGCUCACAGUGUGGGAAGAGUUUUACUCAACAGAGCAAUCUCACAAAACACCAGCGCAUUCACACUGGAGAGAAACCGUGUCAGUGCUCACAGUGUGGGAAGAGUUUUACUCAACAAAGUCAUCUCACAAAACACCAACGUAUUCACACUGGAGAGAAACCGUGUCAGUGCUCACAGUGUGGAAAGAGUUUUAAUACACAGAGUGAACUAAACAAA